AUGCUCAAGACAGGCUCUGCACUGUACGACGCAUUAGGGGGUCUCUUCUGGGCGGUAGGUGCUCUGGAUAUGCAUCUACACGGAGCAACUGCAGUAGCUACAACAGCAAAAGAACGUCUGCAAUGCGUCAACGGAUCCACAACCGCAGCUAUCAUCAAAUUAAUUAGAAGGCUUGAGGGGAACCAGAUGUGGCUGCCGGGAGAUGCCAGAGAGCUAGCCAGUGGCGGAAUGGAAAAACCAAGGGGACAGAGCCAGUUUACUCGGCAGGGGCAGAAAGACGAUUUGGUUGCUCACUUGCGGACGCGGACCACUGCAUUUCACCCUUGUCCGGAGUGGAUGAUGCCCCCCUGGUACGACACCAUAGCCGAAGGAGCGUGUCCUGCUGGAAUGCCAAGCCCUCCGGGAAUCUUACUACUACCUUCCGAAACUAGAGAGCUCCGCAAAGUUAAGAGAGGAAUGUUACAGUGCUGCAAACGACUUUUAAUGCUACAUGCACAUUCGGACAAUCUAAUUUUUGCAGAUGGUGCAACAUCUGUCAACGCCUCCAACAGUUCACCCCACGGCCUACACUUUGAGAAGCAUGUUGAAGUUGGAGAAACCCUUUAUGAUCUGGAUAACUCUACAGAGAUGCAAAAGACAGCGAAGGCGGUGGCGGUGCUAGAACAGGCAGCUAAGCUCGCGAGAAACUUGCCAGCUUUCCUCCAACUGGUCUCCGCAAUAGCCGGGAAUAUGCAGAAAGAAGCCCUCGCCGGCAUGCAAGACGCCGUGCGGUCGCUUCGUUGUAGCGCUGCGAUUCCAGAAAGUGCACAUAUCCCCGAUCCUAGUAAAGAUUCAGCAGACCUAAGGACAUUAAAGUCGAACAUACCACCAUUGGCAGCCUGGACUGGCCCUCCACAUGGGACGUUCCUGACUUACGCCUUGUUGCACUGGGCGGCCUCUGCACCUGAUGCUGAAGUUGGAGAACGAGCUUCUGCUUUUCUUAACUGCCUCUGCCAAAACUAUAGAGUGGCCUUGGGUAAAGCCGUAGAGCAUACCCGCUCGCCCAUAUUUUGCUCCUGCCUUGAGCAUCCAGUAAUGCUGAGCCGCGGCUCUCCUACACAACGGCGGGGCCACCUGCGACAGCAAAAGCACCAUCGGGGGGGACAUGUAAUAGGAGAACCGGGGAGAAAAGACGGUGGCAGAACAGCUUUGCAGCAUGUGCACAUUUUCCAGCAGAACGUACUUCUUUGUGAACAACUUCUGCGUUGCACACGGAUGCUAAAACGGCUUGUGCAGCUGCUGCACCUCUGCAAAGCUGCAAUGCAGCCCUGUCCUACAGGACCGUCUCCUCCAAAGUAUACGAGUUCUGAAACAGUCUACAAAGAGAUUUGCCUAGCCAGCUCGCACGUAGUAAGGCUCGCCGCAUUCUUGUUCAGGGCGGAUAGCUGCAAAGCUGUCUGUGGAAUCUGGAUUCGGAAGCACCCGCAUGAUAAGUUGUUGUGCUCCAGUCAAGAAGGGCCCAAAAGAUGUUCUAAGGGAGAAGUCAACAAACGGUUUUGA